UUAUUAUUGAACAUAUUUUCUCUUUAGAAUUGUUAUUAUGUCGUAAUAAAUAAGUUUUAUAAAAUAAAAUAUUCACGUAUUAUUGUAAUCCAUCGAAUUUAAAGCAUAUCCUUUAGUUCGUGUUUGAGGGUCAUUGGAAUAUUGGAUAAAUUAUAUCAGGAAUGGCGCCAAUGCGUCGCCAUUUUUAUAAAACUUUAGCCAGUCCAUAAAUCGAGAAGGCUGUGAAGAGGAACAAUUCUGAUAAAGGUUACGUGGACGAGAGAAACUUGCACGAAAAACCAGCAAAACGAGUGAAUAAUGUGCUGGUCUGUGCAUCAGAGAGAGGGGAAUUGAGUUCGGUGUACAAACAUGCAAGCUGAGAAUAUCUGUGUCAAUGAUAUCGAAGGACUGGAUGAAGACACUCUCAUACCGGUUGAAAUUUUAUCAUGUGAUGUCUCUCAACAUUCACGUUCUCAAGAGGCCUUAUCGAUAGUAGAAUUAGGAAAACAAUUGUUACAUAGUGCAAAACAUGGAGACACAGGGAAUGUCCAUGAACUUAUGUGUAAGGGAGCACCUUUCACAACAGACUGUCUUGGAACAAGUGCAUUACAUUUUGCAGCGAAAUAUAAUCACACAGAAACCGCUGAAGUUUUACUCAGGGCAGGAAUAUCUCGAGAUGCGAGAACCAAGGUGGACAGAACGCCACUGCAUUUGGCUGCUUAUGAAGGUCAUCAUCAUAUGGCACAAUUAUUGUUAAAAUAUGGUGCUGAUGUUGACAGUAGAGACAUGCUUAAAAUGACUCCUUUACACUGGGCAGUGGAAAAAGAGCAUAUAGAAGUAAUGCAUGUUUUGUUGGAAUAUGGUGCGGAUAAAAAUGCAAAUAGUAAAUUCGAUAAAACUCCAAUGAGCUUAGCUUUGGAGCAUGGCAGAUCUUAUUUGAUGGAUAUACUGCAGCAAGAACGAGAAAUCAUUGAAAUACAAACUCAACAACAACAUCAAGCUAGCUCGGCGGAAUUAGAAGUAGCAACUCACAAUUUAAUUCAAUUGGAAGCAGAAAAAGCAGCUAAUGAAAAACAACAAAAAUUAGAACUUUUGCAGCAACAAUCACAAUCAAAACGUAAAGGUACUCAAGAUCAUUCAGUUCGAGGUAAUAAAAAACCAAGAAUGAUUCUUCAACAAAUUCAUGUAUCACCAUCUACUGAAGUAGAAACUGAAAAACAAAUGACAGAUGCGGAAGAAAUUAUUAAUACGAAUAAUAUUAAUAUUAAUAAAAAACGUAAAGAUUUAACAUUGAGUGGAGUCAAAAAUCAAUUCAGGUUAUUAGAAGCACAUGGAAUUACAAUGAUUCCAAUGGAUGAUGAUGCAUCCAUAGUAGAGAAUGCAAUGGAAAGUGGAAGAACUGUUGUUCUUACAGAAGCUGGUAAGCUUGCCUUAAAUUUAACCAGAGGUUCUCCGUUAAGUAUGAAACGACUUCAAGUAUCUCCAAGAAAAGGAAAUUCAAGGAAAGUUAUAGCUAUAAGAGCAGAUCAGAUUUUAAAUCAAAGCACACCUAGCCUUACAUCCCGUAGUCCGAAUAUAUUAAAAAGAUCUUCCGUAGAUAACAAAGGUGGAAAAAUAUUCAUCUCCUCUCUUUCAAAUGCUAUGACGGUUCCAACGAUAACGCAAUCACAAUAUACAACAGCUUCAGAGAACAAAAUAGUCACUUCACCUUCCAAAAUAACAGAACCAAUAAUUUUACAACUGGAUGACGACAUAGAAGAAAUUAUAGAAGAAGAUAAUGUGGAUAAUAACGAGCCAGUAAUGGACAUAGCAGUGCUCAAUAGACAGUUAGCAGAAGCCCGAAGGCAAGCCGCUGAAUAUCGCAAACAAUUACAAAAAAAGGAAGAAGAAGCGGAAAUAUAUAAACAACAACUUAAAAAUAUCACAUCUCAAAGAAAAUUAAAAUAAUUUUAAAUAAAUAAAUUUUCUUAACAUAUGGUUUCAUAUUACAAUAAGCGUAAGCAUUUUUUUUUUUUUUCUUGCAAAAUCUUAAUCGAUAAAGUUUAUAAUAUUGCUCAAUUUGUUUAUAUUUGAACUUAUAUAAAUAACUGAUAACUUUGCAAAUCUUACUAUUUACUCACAUAUUAUCUCUUAUAUAUCAUCAAUUCAUAACUCUGACGCAUAAACCAAUAUUAAUUUAAUAAAUGCAUACUUUUGAAAAGUGCAUUAACAAUAAUUAAUGAUGAUAAAUUGCAAAUGAAAAUAAUUGAUUAAAAAAAGAACAUGGAUAAACAUGUUAACAUAGAAGUGCUUUCUACAUUAUGUCUCCUCUAAUUGUAAUUUUAAAAUCCUAAUCUUUUAAAUAUAACAAAAAUAUCAAUUUACAAUAUUUUCCUAUAUAUUUGCCUUAGCAUAUAAAAUACAAGAAAAAAUAUUUAUUUAUUCCUUUUCUAUCUAUACAAUAAUAAUCAUUUAUGAAUAGCAUUUUCUAAUAUAUAAAGAUACAGAUCUAUUUAUAAAUAUAUUGGUACAAAUGAAUUGGAUGCAAAUUAUAGUUUAAUAUAAUAGAUAAAUCAUGCAUAUGUACAGCAGGGUACUUGUAAAUCCGUUAAAGAUAACUGCAUAAAAAGUUUUUUUAGAUUUGUACCAUUUUACAUUAAGAGUACAAAAUGUAGAAGGCAAAUUGUUCAAGAUUUUUCAUGAGUGUAACAUAAAAUAAGUAAAUAAAUUCAUAUUAACAAAAACACAUUAUCAUUUUACAUACUAUACUAAUUUAAUAAAGAUAGUUGCAUUCCAAAUACUUUCUCACAACAACAUUCAUAUAUUUGUACUAAAAGUGAACUUCGUUUAUUGUUAUAAAAAUGUAAAAAAGAAAAUUUUGGAUAUUUAAACAGAAGGAUUGGUGCUAAUGUAAACGAAAUGAGUUUUUAAGGCAUUAGAUGUCCUUAUCAAAUUCUAUUUGAAAUAGAAUAUUUUACUCAGGUAUACAUAUAUUAUGAAAGCAAGGAAAACACCAAAUAUCGACGUAACGAAGCAUCGUGGAAUGCAACAAAUUAUACAGAUAUAAGAAAUAUAACAAUUUUUUCAAAUAAUAUAUAUUGUAAAUAUACGACUUUAUACACA